AUGUAUAAUGGGUACCUAUAUAGACUCGUAGUACUAUUCCUGGCGUUAUGUCUUCUUAUCGCAUACAUCUCUAUUGUUGACGAAACUAGCGUUAAAUAUAAUGCUAGAAGGAAAAUCUUGUCGGUUCUACCAUUGGACAACCUUCCAAGUGUAGUUGAUAAUAAGACGCAAUCUUUGAAUAAAUUCUAUUCAUUGGUGCUACAAAGUAUCGCAACAUGGAAAACUCCUGUAGGCUACAAAGUGGCUAAGCUUUGUCUUCAGUCGGGAAAUGAUUCUUAUGAUUUACUAACUAUAAAGGAGAAAAUAACGGUAACUUUGAAAAAAGAUGUUAGACUUGUAGUUGGUUUAGCAAACGAUAACUCGAACAUUCAUUCAGAGUCAACAAUUCACUCCAGGAUAAAUGAUAUGAACAUAUGGAAUGUAAACACGUCAACAUAUGUUUAUGUAAAAUCAAAAAAUGUGUUUGCAAUUUCUAUUGUACUUUUGUUCGUUGUUGUUCCUAUGAUUUCAGUUUUGAGAAUCAAUAACAAUCUCCAUGAAAUAUUUUAUAGACAGUUCUCAGACUAUUCCCUGCUGAUUGCCUCGAUUCUCCUUUCAUUGUUCAAUUACAGGAUAAUUGUAAAUGUGAUUUUCUGGUUUAUAUGGGCUCCAAUACUUCAGUGUUAUGUUUUUAAGAACUAUAAAGAAAUUAUAGACGAUCAACAGCAAACUUUAAGAUCUCAGGAACAUGUUAAUUCAAUUAAUAUUGAGCUUAAAGAUGAAAUUGAGGGCGAAGAAAAUGUAACUAUUGAAAAGAAAAAAAUGGAUUAUUCUAUUCUCUUUUUAUUCGUGCAUAUAGUCUUGACAUUUGUGGUUAUGGGAUAUUCUAGGGAUUCUGGAGCUGAUACCGCGACUAAAAGCAUUUAUAAAUCAGUGAAGUGUCCAUUUAAUGUGCCAUCCGCUCCUACAUACAUGCUGGGUGAACUACACAGAAAAAAUGAUACAUUCUCAAUCGAUAUUGAACACAAAAAUAUGGAAGCACAAAUUAACGAAUUAUACGAAAUAUCGUCUACAUCGGCUCUUAGCCCCUGGGUAGACUCCAUAGUAAAAUCGGUAAAUGCAAAUAAAACGACAAUUUUAGUCAAGGGAAAUAAAGGUGCAAAAUAUCAAAUAUAUAAGGAACAGACAAUCGAUGAUUUAAAACAAGUGUUAUUCAUAUUUCAAGGAGACACAUAUUUUACUGUUAUGGAAGCGGAUUUUACGCAAGAAAAUUGCGAUUAUAAAAAUGUUGAUAUGCUAAGUUUUAAACUGGGAUGGUCAAUAGGAUUGAGGAUUUUUACCAUAUUAGACUGUUUUACACUUUUAGCUUGUUUAAUAUUGCAUAGAAAAACUCAAAAGACUAAACUUAGGAUAGGAUUGAUUGUUAGCUCACUCGCUGUUAAUAUAGGAUUGAUACUUGUUCUUGUCAUCCUUAUACCAAUGAAACUUUCUAGUAUACAUAAAGCUACUGAAUCUGAGGUGAUAAGUUCUGUCGGACCAAUAUUUCAAUUUAUGACACUUAGGAAUUGGAUGACAUUUUUUCUGUUUUUGAAUCUUAUAUUUCUUUUAGGCUAUAUUUCAAUAUCUGUUCCUCGUUCUUAUCUUACAUUUAACAUAAAUAUGACAGCUAUUAAACGUCCCAUAAAUAUAAAUAUAGCAAAUCUAUUGAUAAUUUCUUAUCAGGGAUUAAUUUUAAUGUUAAUGGCGGCAUGUAUAGGAACAUCUACAUUUGGUUCAAACCUACCAAUGUACAAAAAUUAUUUUUCUGCAUUAAAAUAUUUAUUAUUAAUGACGUUUAACAAGUUAUAUUUAGAUCAAAAAAAUAUUGCACUGUGGAUUUAUUAUAGAAUUUGUAUUGUGGUAUUUUACAUCAUAAUGUUAACAGCUAUAAUUGCAACAUUUUAUUUCGGGAGCCAAACGAAGGAUUUACCAGAAAAUAAAAAUUUUGAAACAUUUACAGAUCAAGAUUACAAUAUUAAUGUAGAUAUAAAAGCCACACGUGAAGAACUUAUGUAUUUUAAAGUAUUUCUAAAAGCUCUAGAAAGUUACAGAGAACAUAAUAAAGGCAACCCAGAACAUGUCGACAGUAUAGAAAAGUUUAUGGAAACGUUUACUCAGUCACAAACUGGAUUACAUAGAUUAAAAUUUAAUACGACACAACAUGUUUAUUUGGAAAGACUAAAAAGGUAUCUUAUAUGUAUAAUAUUUUUAAGAAUAAAGAUACACUAUUCCGAAAAUAAGGUAGAGGAAUUGGAGACAUACAGUAAAACGUUGCACCUUAAUAGUGAGAGAAGAAAAAAUUAUCUGAUGUUACUUGAAAAUAAAAUUGAGAGUACUAUGAAAGAACUCCAGAGGUUUAAAGAUUCUAAUGAAAUCAUUGAAACAAUAAAGAAAGCUAAAGAGGUUUCGCAGGAGGAAAAGUCAAAAAAUGAAGAGCCACGAGAAACAAAAUAUAAUUUGGAGGAUUUGGAAAGUUUUAUAACAAAUCCAAAUGUUAGUAGGCAAGUGGAUGAAAUUGAACAAGUAAAUCAGGAAGAAACACCCGUAGGUGUCCAUCCAAAACUACAGCUCAACACUUCCAAUUCACAGGAUCUAGCACCUCCAGAAGUAACUCUCCACGAGCAAAUUGAGUCUUCCAAUGUCACAGAGGUGAAUGAAGUCAGACAUACUAUUCCUGCAGAGUGUACGAAUCAGACGGAAAAAUCUAGUGAGGAAACAGGUCGAGAAUCCACAGAAAAUUCGGGUUCUAGUGGGCACAUACGUCGUAAGAAUUCUAUAAAGGAAAAUAAGAAACGCAAAAAUUCCAAAAAUAUGGGAAUAUUUAAAACUAGCAUUUUAAAGUGA